ACGACCGUCCUGAAUCCAGCGCUCAUAACCACGGAUUUCGACCUACUCCGCUUCGAAGCCGCGGCCUUCGACCAACUCCGAGACUCUGGACUCGAUCACGUGAAUCACACGAACGACGACCUGGAAACCAAUGGCAUUUCUCCAUUCUCUACCCUCCUGAUCUCUUCUCCUUAUAACAACCCAGGACACUAUCUUCCCCUUGAAACGCUGGAUCUCCCUUCCACCCUCUUCGCCAAAGCCCUCACAGCCCUCAAACCCGCCCGUGCAGAUUAUGCCACGGCCUCGUACACUUCUGCCCUCAACUUCCCGGUAAUCCUCAAUCUUCUCAGGGAAUUAUCUCUUGACGAGGGGUUCCAGUGGGACUCAGAGUGUAGUUUUUAUGUGGUGGUGUUUCGCUCGAGGUUAAAGAAGGACGUUGAUAUUGAGGAACUGUACCGGCUGGAUUAUGAGAGUCACAGGGAGGCGUGCGAGAGUGGAGGAUUGUUGAAGUACUGGUUUGGGAAGGUGGAUGCGGAAAGGAGGAAUCUGGCCACUUGCUUCUGGCGCUCCCGUGAGGACGCUCGAAAGGGUGGACUGGGCCCCUGGCAUGCCAAAGCACGGAAUGCGGCUCGGACGAUGUAUGAGAGUAUCACCUUUGCUACUCACCGUUUCACUAUCCUGAGAGGAGCAACGGAUCUUAGACUAGAGGACUGGACUGACUGA